GUAUCCAGCCAUACACAGUGUUUUGUUCCAGGCCAGGCGAGGGAGUAGCUUCGCGGCCGCCUAAUUUGGCCGCUCAGAGCUGCCGUGGCUGCAGCUGUUGCCAUGGUGAUGAACGCCUGUCUGAGCGCGGCCUAGCUGGCGGAGACUUGCUGUACACAGCGGACCACACCGGAACCAUGUCUUACCGGGAGCUGAGGAAUUUCACAGAGAUGACACGGGCUCUUGGAUAUCCCCGGCUCAUCUCUGUGGAGAACUUCCGCAGCCCAAACUUCCCUUUGGUGUCUGAAGUCCUCAUAUGGCUGGUGAAACGGUACGAGCCGCAGAAUGAUAUUCCGAUAGAUGUGGAAACAGAGCAGGACAGAGUUUUCUUCAUUAAGGCUGUAGCUCAAUUUAUGGCCACCAAAGCGCAUAUUAAGCUGAACACCAAAAGACUAUACCAGGCAGAUGGUUACGCUGUAAAGGAACUCCUUAAAAUCACCUCUGUGCUCUACAAUGCUAUGAAAACCAAAAGCAUUGAAAGCACCCAUCUUGGCGACGACGAAACGGUCCCUUACAAGUUUGACUUGGGUUCUAAAAUUGCUGACUUGAAGAUAGCCAGGCAGCUGGCAUCCGAAAUCACCUCUAAAGGAGCUUCGCUGUACGACCUUCUAGGCAAGGAGGCUGAGCUCAGAGAGCUGAGAACAGCAGCCAUCGCUCGACCCCUUGAGAUAAACGAGACAGAAAAGGUCCUAAGGACAUCCAUCAAAGAAGUGCUGGAACAAGUCCAGAAGAUGAAGGACUUUAUAAGUAACAGUGCAUCUGACGAGGCAAACCUGGAGUCCAAAAUUGACAAACGGAAGCAAGAGCUGGAGAGAACUCAGAAACGUCUGCAAACUCUUCAGACGGUCAGACCAGCCUUCAUGGAUGAGUACGAGAAGAUCGAAGAGGAGCUUCAAAAACAGUAUGAAGUUUAUAUAGAGAAAUAUCGAAACCUCUUUUACCUGGAACACCUGCUAGAAGAACAUCACCGUAAUGAGCAGCUUCGGUUCGAGGAAGCGGAGGACACACUGCGCCAGAUGCAGAGCAAGCUAAGGGAAGAGGAGGACCGGCUGCAGAAGACCGGAAAUAGUAAUGAGGACACAGACAGCGAAAUCCAGGAGGAUGAUGGGUCAGAUGAAAUGGAGGAUGAUGACAAGCGACCAAUCAAAGCUCGAGUUGGCCGCGGUGUCAUGAUGCAAGGGAGAGAAGGACGGAUUGUAGGUACUAUGCACGGAGGUGAAAGCGAGGUGGGUCCCAGUCCUGCCAUAGAACAAAACCCUGAGACCCUCAGCAGCCGGAAUAAGGAUGACUCCGAUGACAGUGAGAUGGAUGUAGAGGAUGAAGAUGAUGAUGAUGAUGACGAUGAAGAUGAUUAUCGUGAAAACAUCAUGAGACCAAAGGAUCACAGCACAGAGAUGUCUCUUGGAAGGUCCAACAGACGAUCGAGGAAAGCAGACACACUUGUGGAUAGCGACAAUGACUUCUAGGGAAGGUCCAUCACACCCACAUGCAUUUCACGCGCGCCUGUUUUUUGUAUUGAAUGCUCGCUGGUAACUAUUGAUCUAGAGAAUGCUCAGAGAAUCGUAGACCAAGGAUGAGAUUUAUCAACGUUUUGGUAAAAGAAAUGUGGUUCAAGUUCUAACACUGGAGCAAUCACCAUGGAUACCAAGAGAAUCUGCAGAAACAUUCAGUUGGUUUCCAUUAUAUUUUCUCCACUGUCAGACUCUCUUGCCCACGUGGAAACACAUUUUUAUAAAAAUCUCCCCAAGAGUAUUACGAGCAGCGCUGUAUUCGUGGUCUCUGGUUUCAUUUUGAAUGAUCAUCCAUGGGAAUGCCCCUAGCUUGUCUUUAUCAUUAAAAUGUAAGUUCUUUCUUUAAUUAGAAAAAACACUUAUAUUUCAGUGUAAUGUAUCCUAUGCUUCCUUGUUUAAUCCCAUUGUAUCCACUCCAUGUGUUUGAUUUAUAAUAAAUAAAUUAUGAACCGCAAUUAUUAAAUUAGUGGAUCCAAAAAAAGUAAAAUAUAAACAUAGAAUGGGCUUAAAAUAGUGUGGCCUUGAUGGGAGCGGGGCUGGCACCCAAGAUGGCUGGACUUCAUAGUGACUCUUGCUGACUCAAAUUUAUCUUGUAAGCAAUCUGUUUUCACCCUGCCACAGGACGACCAGCAACUACAGCAGACUACUCUUGCUGCCAGUAGUCACUUAUUUUGAGGGAUUUGAAGUGCCCGAGCACAGCGGAUUCUCACCGCAACUGACCCCUGGAGUGACGGCCCUAAUCAUGAACCGCUCAAAGUCCUGUUAACCCCUCCCCUCCCAC